AUGAAAGAAUAUAUUGAAUAUUUGUAAGGUCUUUUAAAAUUAAACAAUAUCGAGUUUUAAUAGGAAGAGGAUUUUGUAUAAGGCAAGUUGAAUCAAAUUAAUAAUGAUUUCGGAUAUGAACACAUCAACAGAUAUAAAAGAUAAAUGAUUUUAUCUGAAAUAGGAUUGACUGGAUAGAAGUAGAUUCAUCAAGCAAAGGUAUUAAUUGUAGGUGCUGGAGGCAUAGGAGCACCUGCAAUUUAUUACUUAGCUGGAGCAGGAGUUGGAACAAUAGGAUUAGUUGAUGGUGAUAGUGUAGAUGUUUCUAAUUUACAUCGUCAAAUUAUUCAUAAUAAUGAUAGAUAAGGAAUGAAUAAGGUAUAUUUUAAAAAAUAUCAUAGUGUGAAUCUGCAAAAAAAUAAAUUAAUUAGUUUAAUCCUUUAGUAAAUGUUAUUACUUACAAACAUCAUUUAUCAUCAUAAAAUGCAAUUGAUAUAUUUUAAAAUUAUGAUGUAAUUUUAGAUGCAACUGAUAAUCCUGCUACAAGAUAUUUAAUUAAUGAUACAGCAAUUUACUUAAAUAAACCUUUAGUUUCAGGGUCAUCUGUUGGUUGGGAAGGAUAGAUUACAGUUUAUGGAAUGUAGGGUCCAUGUUAUAGAUGUUUAUUUCCAUAAUGUCCUAAGACUGUAUAGAAUUGUAAUGAAGCAGGGGUAUUUGGAGUAAUGCCUGGGUUGAUUGGACUCAUAGAAGCAUUAUAAGCAAUUAAAAUAAUUAUUGGACAGUAAAGUUUGUCAUAGAAGAUGAUAUUGAUUGAUGGAUUAAGAGAUGUCUAUAAAGUAGUUAAACUCAGAGGAUAAUAGAAGUAUUAAUAUUAUUUAAUAUUUAGGGAUUGUAUUGCAUGUUAGAAAUAAAUAAAAAUAAAUGAAUAUGAUUAUGCUUCCUUUGCAUAGACUAUUUGUAGUUCUUCUGUUCCUUUUAGAGGAGGAUAUAAAGAGAUUGAGUGGAAGGAUUUUCUAUAGAUAUAAAGAAAUGAGAAAGUUGUUUUAUUAGAUGUCAGACCAAGUUAAUAGUACAACAUUAUUAAAUUGGAUGGAUUCAAAAAUCAUCCAUAUCAAUAAAUUGAAUAAUUUUAAAUUGAGGAGAAUAAGGAUAAAGAUAUAUAUAUAAUGUGCAGAAGAGGUAAUAAUUCUAGAUUGGCUUGUGAAUUUUUAAAGGAUAAAAUACCCAAUAUUUAUAAUAUUAUAGGUGGAAUAGAUUUGUAUGCAAAGUUAUAUGAUCCUAAAAUGCCAUUGUUGUGA